GGGGCGAGGGCUCCCCGGCCGCCCCCGCCCGGCCAGCCCCGCUCCCUGGUACCGGGGGCUGCUGGGGUUGUGUCCAAGGCCUCCCCCUCCCCCGCGUACACACUCACACACACAGACACACGCACACACACACUCACACUCACACACACACACACCCCAUCUCCUCCUGCCGCCGCCGCCGCCGCCGCCGCCGCCGGAGAGAUCGGGGAUCGCCCGCGGCCCGGCCCCGCUCCCGGCUGCGCCCCGUGCCCGGGCGCAUCGCACCCCGCGGGGGCUCGCCCGGCUGCCCCCGGGGCGGCGUGCGCGGGGCGGGGGGUGCGGGAGGGCGGGGGGACACACGGCGGCUCCCACGGCGGCUCCCGAUGGCUCGUCCGCGGCCCCGAGAAUACAAGGCUGGAGACCUGGUGUUCGCCAAAAUGAAGGGGUACCCGCACUGGCCGGCCCGGAUUGAUGAACUCCCUGAAGGAGCUGUGAAACCUCCAGCAAAUAAAUACCCCAUCUUCUUUUUUGGGACUCAUGAAACUGCGUUCCUGGGCCCCAAAGACCUUUUCCCAUACAAAGAAUAUAAAGAUAAGUUUGGGAAGUCGAACAAGCGAAAAGGAUUUAAUGAAGGCCUGUGGGAAAUAGAAAACAACCCUGGAGUAAAGUUUACUGGAUAUCAGGCAAUUCAGCAACAGAGCUCAUCAGAAACUGAAGGAGAAGGUGGAAAUACAGCAGAUGCCAGCAGUGAGGAGGAAGGUGAUCGGGUAGAAGAGGAUGGAAAAGGAAAAAGAAAGAAUGAAAAAGCCGGCUCAAAACGGAAAAAAUCCUACACUUCAAAGAAAUCCUCCAAGCAGUCACGGAAAUCUCCUGGAGAUGAAGAUGAUAAGGACUGCAAAGAGGAAGAAAAUAAGAGCAGCUCUGAUGCUGGGGAUGCAGGCAAUGACACAAGAAACACUUCUUCAGAUUUGCAGAAAACCAGUGAAGGGACUUAACCAACAUAAUGACUGCUGAAUAUUAAGGGAAAACACAAGAAGGUUACAUGUUUGGUUGUCUAAUAUUCUUGGAUUUGAUAUGAGUCACCACAUUUGUUCAUUAGUACCAUCAACAGCAUCCCAGUUUGUAUGCACAUUAUUCACAUUCCUAUCUGUUGUGUUUGCAGAAAUGACAUUUUUACCCUUUUUUCUAAGGGUUACUUUUUGAUUUUCAUAUUAUUUGGUUGCAUGAAGUUGCCCUUUACCAGUGGCUGAGGUUUAUGAAGAUAUCGCAUACUUGAACACAUUUUACAUUCCUUUUCUAGACAGAAAAGGCGUAAUUCCAAAUUAUAUCAUUCUAAAUCGGUGUUUUUUAAACACGACUAAAUCUUAGAAAUUAGUCCCCUCCAUACGAUGCUACAAUAUCUUCCACGUACAAACAUAAUUUUAGAUUCCCCUAUAUCCAUUCUUUCUUGAGUUCUGAUCAGUUUACAACAUAAAAGAAAAAUUCUUCAGUUGAGGUCACCGCCAAGUUCAAUAAUGUAAUAAAAUACCUUUCCUUAUUAGAAGUACCUAGCUAGUUAUACUCUUAAUACUUCUCCAAACCAUGAUGUAAUGUACACUAUCUGACUUAGUUCCUAUAUGUGGAGUUAGUGAAAGUCUUUUUGUGUUUCUUUAGAUUAAUACAAGGAUUUUUUCCAAUGCCAACACAAUUUGAAAUCAUUCAUUUGGAUGCUUUCCAUUUUUAAGCUUACUGUGAUAUAGAACCCUAUGGGAAACCAAAACAAAACAUCAAUUUUAAAUAACGAAAGGCUUAAAAAAGGAUGCUGUCAUUCUGGCUUUUUUUUUCCUUUUGGAAAUAGAACUAGACUAGUAAGUAAGCAUUCCAAAUCCAUUACUCUGUGUACAUUAUUGUUGCUAUUGUGAUAAUAGAGAUUUUUAUUUAUUUUUAUGCCAGCUUUUAUUGUGAAAACAUAUUUAGUCUGGUUUUAUCAAUCCUUGUUAUGCUUGUCCUUGGAACAUCUUUUGCGUAUUCAAGGUUUGUAGUUGAUGAGUUUACUGUAAAAAACUAAAAAAAAAAAAAAAAAAAAAAAACCACAGGGGAAAAAAAAACAACAAAAAAAAAACACAAAACAAAAAGGAAACAAAAAAAUGUAUUGUUUUUACAGAAUAAAUUUAUUGGAAUGUGUAUUGGGAGUAAGGUUUGAGGUUGUAAGCAACUAAGUUAGCGUCAUAUUUGGCUUCAUACGUGUAAUAAUGUGAGGUAUUAAUGUAAGUCAAGUAUUAAAGCAAAACAUUCUGUUAACAUGAGUUGACCAUAAUAGAUACAAGUGCAGGUGAGAUCUUUUAUUUUUUCUGUACUUUGCCUUUUCUGGAUAACGGGAGGUCAUUAAAUUCACCUUGAAUGUA